AUGGGGGAUUUCAACACCGAUUUGCUCCGAGACACUCACAGAUCUCUCAAACUACGCACUAUAGUGGAGUCGGCAAGCUUUUCGGUGUUACCCCUUGGUCCUACUCACACUAAUACAGAUUCCCCUGACACCUGGAUCGAUCAAGUUUUUGUCUCAUCUAAUGAAUCCGUACUCAAACAUGGCCACUUUCCUGCACCUGGUUUCUCCAGACAUGAUCUCAUAUGUGCUACUUACAAUAUUAAAACUUUGAAGCCUAAACCGGCAGUAAUUCGUCUACGUAAUUUCUCUAGAGUAGAUCUAACAGCAUUAAGCCAGGAAGUGACAGCCGUUGAUUGGUCAUACGUAUUGUCUGCCUCCUGUAUUAACGACAAGGUAGCUGCGUUUAAUCAUUCAGUUCUUAAAAUCAUGAACAAACAUGCUCCUGCCCACCUGGUCAGGGUUAAGAGACAGCCAGCUCCUUGGAUAACGGAGGUAGUUCGUAUUGCCAUGAGAAAACGUGAUCGUACUUUUAGAAUAUUAGAAUAG